UCUCUGUAUCUGGCAGAUCUGGAGGCAUGCCAGCACCCGCCCUGUGAAAUCAGCAUCGCAGCGCACGGAGUUGACAAGUGCGCCUCCCCCUCCAAACGUUGUUUGACAUACCCAUCGUUAUAGGCUUCGCCUCUGGCAGUUUCUUUUUUAAAAGGCAAGCUCAAAGCCACAGAUUAUACAUUUUGCUCACAAACCGUGCGGGUAAAAUAACCUACAGACAGACAGAGAGAGAGCGACGGGCGGAAUCAGGCUUCUCUGGAGACGAACAGCUUGCGCGUAAACGGCACCGGGCAUCACUGAAAGGACAGAGAGAGAGACAGAGACGUGCUGUCUGGAUAUUUUAUUCAUUUUUUUAUUGAAUUCAUCGCUGCAGGGAGAGAGGUGCUGACUGUCUUUGUGGAUUUGCGAGCAUCGGAUGCGGUGACAUUUGGGACUUGAGCGCGCAAAGCACCUGUGGAUGCGACGCACACCCCCUGCACACAAACGCACAAACACCCGCCUGAUGUUUGGACUCAGAUCUCCUGCAAAGAAAGGAUUCACCACAAGUUGAUAACCGUUUCCAGUUUUUUUUUUCUUUUGUUCGAGUUUUUUAGCAAAGAGAAGAGAAGCGCGCCAUGCUGCUGAGCGUUCCCUUCCUGCUGCUUCCCCUGCUGAGCAUAACCGGCUGCGGCUCGUCGUACGUGCCGUGCCAGCCGUGCGAUCAGAAGGCCCUGUCCAUGUGUCCGCCGGUGCCGGUGGGCUGUCAGCUGGUGAAGGAGCCCGGCUGUGGUUGCUGCCUGACGUGCGCGCUCGAAGAGGGUCAACCGUGCGGCGUGUACACCGGGCCGUGCACGCGCGGGCUCCGGUGCCUGCCCAAGGACGGCGAGGAGAAGCCGCUGCACGCGCUCCUGCACGGCCGAGGGGUGUGCAGGAACGAGAAGCUGUACAAGCUGCAGCAUCCGUCCAAAGACAGAGAAUCUCACGGCGACGCCGUGCUGCCCGUCCCCGAGUCUGUGCCGCCGCAAACCAAGGUGCCCAUAUAUGGAGACCACAUCAGCAAACAGAAGCUGCAGGCCAUGAUGCAAGCCAAGCACCGCAUAAAGCAGCUGGCCAGGCUGGGACCCACCAGCAACCUGGACUUCUCACCGCAGAGCCUGGACAAACUGGACCCCGAGUUUGGUCCCUGCAGGAGAAGGCUGGAUAAUCUCAUUCAGAGCAUGAAGGACACUUCCAGGGUCUUGGCUCUCUCUCUGUACAUCCCCAACUGUGACAAGAAGGGCUUCUUCAAGCGCAAACAGUGUAAGCCGUCCCGCGGCCGUCGGAGGGGGAUCUGCUGGUGCGUCGACCGGUUCGGCAUCAAAAUCCCCGACAUCAACUACGCCGGCGGCGACCUGCAGUGCAAAGACCUCGACAGCAGCAGCAACAGCAACGAAUGAGAGCGCUCGUCGUAGCCGCUGAGCCCUGAUCCUGCCAAUCAAGCUAGCACACUUAAUGACUGCCAAUCAGGAAAAUAUGGCACACAUGCUUAUAUAUACGGUCAGGUGUGAUGGACUGCGUUGUGUUUGUUUGUCUGUUUUUAACGGGGAGCUCAACUGAAGCUUGCUUGGGUGAAAAUCUGCACAUGUAGGCGUUAACUCUGGCUCCCCGCUGACUGUGUACUACGCCUCACCUCUUUAUAUCCAUAGAUAAUAGAGGAUUAUAUAUAUAUAUAUAUAUAUAUUUGUAUAUUGAUAAUAUGUUGUGUACUUAUUGCUAAAUUUACUCCAAGAAAUUCAGAGACAAGACAUAUUUUAAAUGUGGCUAAAAAACAAAACCCAAAUAUUUUAUCUCGUUUUUGUCACGAUCGUCACAGAGUCAGUUCUCGUCUGAAUUAGUUAAUUUUUAAUCGUGUGAAUGACGCCCUGAUGCAAUAAGACGUCCGCCGUUUAAUCCUCAACCUGCUGCACGGAGCAGGACGAAGGGGAGUGAGGAGGGAUUAUGUUAUGUCAUCACACGGGCAGGUGAAUCAGCUGAUUUCAUAUGUCAUGUCAGCAUGAUAGCUAUCAUUGUUUGCUCAGCAUAGAUUAAAACAAAAAAAGGAAAUCAUUGGCAAGUUGACACACUUGGAUGUGAGUCCACGAAGACAGCUCACUCGAUCCACCUACCAGCACCUUUAAAAGCUCGCGAUUAACACGUUAGAAGUUGUUUGUUUGGCCAUUUUCAGGCCGGGAAUAGUAACUUGUUGAAAUCUCUCAAACCGCUCCAAGAUAUAGACACCUACGUUAAAAAAUCCAUGAAAAUUCAACAUAAGACGUAGAGAAAUCGAAUCAAAAGUGGCGUUCUCGUGAGUCCUGUGAAUGUUUUUGCCAGUUUGAGAUGAUUUAAGUUUAAUUGAAAAUCACUUUUGUCCUGGCACCAUCAGACGAGUCAAACCUGGUCGUAUUUUAGGCAAUCGUAAAGUUUAACACGAAAUUAGGAUAAACCGUCAUAUCGUCCUGUAUGGUACUGUAAAAACGUGAGAAAUUUUACACUCCACGCGCCAGACAACUGCGUCCGCUGUUUGUAAAUGUAUGUACAGUGUGUGUGUGUGUCCGUAUGUGUGUGUGCCCUUAAUAGUUCUCGACGCCGUAAAGCUUCGGUUAAAUUUCUCUCUCUCUCUCUUCUCAGCCAACCCAAGCUACUGUCCGACGUGUCCCCGUGCAUUUCCCUCCACACACAAAUCGUAUGCAAAGAGUUGAUGUUUUUCCGCGCGUAGGGUCUUCACUUCCACCACGCAGGCAAAUCCCGCCGGGCCUGACGUUGACUUGCUCUCAGGGUUUUUAUCGGGUACUUCAUCCUGCAAAAGAGCGAGGUCGCUGAGUGUGUAUGUAAAUUCAAGUGCCUUCUGCCCGACGCCACUUUGAAUUUUUGAUUUGCAUGUGUCGAAUGGAAGAAGAGGGGAAACAAUCUGAGGCGUGGACAGAUUUUUAUUUUCAGUCGGUUGCUGACGAAGAUCAGUCGAGCGCCGCUGAUCGACAGAGGACAAGAUUUUUGUUCUGUAGCUCCAAAGUUGCUUAAAUCCUUUUUUGUUGUUGUUGUUGUUGUUAUAAUCUCAAUGUUCAUUUAAUGACUCGUAUAAUCUCAGACAUUCCUAAUAUUGUGAUGUUAGGAGAGCGGUGACAGCGGCUCGUCGCCUCGCUCAUGCUGAUUCUAGCUCUCAUGUAAACACGGUGACACUUUGAACAGAAUCUCAGCUAGAAGAUUAAUGUGAACAUUAUGGUGAAAUAUUUAUCAGGCGUGUAAUUGAUGUACUCGUUUUUUUUUUGUAAUGACAAAUCACUAUUUAAAUAAAGUUCAUGUACUCACAGGAA